AUGCUUGUUUAAUUAUUUUCUUCUUCUCAUAAUUGUGUUGUAUUUUAUUAAUAACAUCACAACGUAAUCAGUACUUUGUUCCAAAAUUAUUUAUGUUUAUAUCGGAAAAGAUGCUAAUGGAUUCGAAGACUUUUUGGAUUGGGUUCUCCAUUCGUUUACACUAAGAUGAAACAAUUUGAUAUGAAUAACAGAUAUUUGUAAGUGCAUCUCCAACAUAACGAAACCAGUAUAUAUAUUAAGAUAUUGAACAUAGGAUGA